CCAUCAAUAAAAAAAAUCAGUCGAUCGAUCAAACCAGCACCGACAAUCAGAUGACGUCUCCGUCAACCUCAAAAUGGCAACCACAGACCAAGAAAUACGAAUACAACUAUGGUUUGGGCAUAAACUUCUACCAGCCCAUGAUAGACUUCCUGGACGACAAGGAAAGAGGGGUCAGGGGCAGGUCCCCCCACCUCCCAUGGCAGGAAGAGAAGGCUCUUCGUCAGUACGACCCGAUGAACGCCAUCAAAACCUACUCCGAACAUGAGCUGGGUAGACUGGCCAGAAAGACUGAGGCCAGCGCUAAAGAAAACUUGAGAAACAUAAAAGCAACGUCGCGAAGUUGCUACCAGCUUAACCAGUCCGUAUCGGCAGCCAGCAUCACGGAGAAGAUCGAGGUCAAAAAGACGCACAAGAAGAAGAGGGACAUGCUGCGUCAGAUCAAAACUGUUGAAAGCAGAUACAAGGACUUCGAUUACGAUCCGCACGCUGAUAUGAAAGUCAAGGCUGAAUUAAAAGCAGAACAGAAGUAUCUAAAAGGGAAAUCAGCAAAGGCCAUAGAGCAGCAAUUACUGGCGAAGAGCAGGAGGAACAUAGCAGAAACUAUAGAGGAAGACGUGACAAAGAUGGAACAAGGGGUUGUAGGCAAAAGUUUCAGUUUUGCCGGUCAUAGGAGGUUGAUGGAGGACCGGAUGUGUAAAGCUGUGGAUGAGAGUUUUGAAAAACCGCUGGAGAAUCUGAGUCAAGAGCUUCAGUCGUUCAAUGUCAGGUCGCAGCAUUAUUAUUACGAUAAAAGGUGA